AUGACUGAGAAGAAGCUGAAUCUGGCAGAUUCUACAAUACAAAUUAGGAUCUUAAAGGCACUCGAAGAUAUAAAACCAUUUGGAGUUUUUAAGCAUUUCCACAUGGUCAAAGUGAUCAGAAACCUAAAACAGCCAAACAUUAUUGAAUCUAAGCACAUUUGGCAAUACUUGGAAUCAGAGUAUGACAUGAAAAAAUAUGAUGAAAGAACAAACUUUGUUCUUAUAAGCGAGACAAAAACAUUUGAUCAGAUAUUCCAGGAAUGA